CCGAUGCAGUAGAUUGAAACUUCCUGUCUCUCAUUACAUAUAGUCACCAUCACACCAUUCGAGAACGGAAGAGCCAACAAUGGGUCUCUACUAUACAGCUGGUGGCAUCACUGCUGCCCUUACUGUCGUGGGGCUUUACAUGCUCUUCAAUGGAGAAGGCGAGGCUUUCAACGUUGGAGCCUUUCUCGAAAGCGUAUCCCCCUACCUAUGGGCAGACAUGGGUAUUGGCUUGUGCAUAGGAUUGUCGGUAGUCGGUGCUGCAUGGGGAAUUUUUAUAACCGGUUCAUCGAUCGUCGGAGGAGGUGUCAAGGCACCGCGAAUACGAACGAAAAACCUGAUUUCCAUCAUCUUCUGCGAAGUCGUUGCGAUCUACGGCGUCAUAAUGUCAAUUGUUUUUUCACAAAAGCUGGUUCCCGUGGAAGGGGAUAGCCUAUAUUCGGCGGGAAACUAUUACACUGGCUUUGCUCUAUUCUGGGCAGGUAUCACCGUCGGAAUGUGUAACCUCAUCUGCGGCGUGUCCGUUGGUAUCAAUGGCAGUAGUGCGGCUCUUGCUGAUGCCGCAGACCCAAGCUUAUUUGUCAAAGUCCUGGUUAUUGAGAUUUUUAGCUCCGUUCUCGGUCUCUUUGGUCUCAUCAUAGGCCUACUCGUGUCUGGAAAAGCCGCUGCCUUCGACAAUCACAUCGUAGAAUGACGAGACUAUCUUUGAGUGACUGGUAGCUUGAUAGGUCAAUCUGUCCAAGGAACUGCGAAGUUGAUGGACCUGUACCGUUUCAGCCCAUUGCUGGAAGAUGGAGGUGAUCUCCAUAUGUAGAUAUACCAAACAUGUCGGUUGAAAACACACAGUGCACACGGUCAACGUGCAGAAUUUAUGGAUUUCAUGGAUACAAUAGAUGUAUUUCUAGCAUGUAAAAGAAUACAGAUAUAAAACCAACAUCAUCGCACUC